UUAACAUUGUUACAAAUAGAAGAGGGAACAGCGGAAUAAACUGAGAAUAUGAUGUGUCUAUAAUCAUGGAGGACAGACUGAAUGUAAUCGGAAAUGCGUUGGAGGCUAUUUACAACCCCACAGUUAGUAACGAACAGCGAGCAGCUGCAUCGCAGGUUAUCGAAUCAGUAAAAGAAUUGUCCCCUACUGAUGUAGAACAAAUUGCCUAUGCAUUGAUCUCGAAGAAGGACCUCAUCCUUGCUCGAACAGGCUGGAAUUUUCUUGAACAUAUUAUUAAAUUUAAAUGGUUGGAAAUAAAUGGACAGUCACGCCUUAUGAUUCGAUGUACCUGUUUUGCUGCGAUGAAAUCGGAGGCCAUGCUGCGGAAUGAGUUGAGAUGUGCUGCAGCACGAUGUGUCGUCGUAAUGAUUGAACAUGAAUGGCCUCAAAAUUGGCCGGAACUUUUUGAUCAACUCGAGGAUAUUGCUUCUGUAUCUGCAACCCAUGCUCAGAUCCCAUUUAUUACCCUGCAGCUUUUGGUCGAAAACGUAGUCACUUUGGUAACUGUUGAAAACAUUUCCAGAAGGAAAGAUCUUAACAGUGCUAUCGCCUCUAACGUACCGCGCAUAUUGCAUAUCAUCCGUUUUGCAUUACAUGAAUGUUCUGUUGAAUCAACAGAUGAAUCCUAUUCCCUAGUCCGUUCCGCUUUGGAUUUGUUGGGUGAACUUGUUGAAUGGUUGCCGGCUAACAUUUUAGAGCCCUAUAUCAAUGAUUUGUUAUAUACAGUUUGUUCAUUCCUUGAGACACCUCAACACUGCAUAUAUGAAGUGGCAGCGAACUGUUUAUGGAGGAUAGCUUCACGAAAGCAGGCAAAAAAUGAAGAAAAUCUUGUCGUCUUUGCUCUUUUCGGUGAUGUUCCUAUGCGGUCGAUUCUUAGAGCUGCAAACCAAGCAGCAAGUGUUGGUGCUGGUAAUGUGGAACAUUAUCGUUUUCUAAAAACCCUUUGCAAUGUUUUAUCCGCAUUGGGAAUCCAUCUGGCGGAUGUUUGGACUCAGCGACCACCUAAUUUUGGCAUGUAUCUAGCUGCCAUUGAAGCGUUCUUUUCACAUCCAUCAGUGUAUUUACGAAACGAAGCGGUCGCUGUAUUUGCUUCCUUAAUAAAUCACGAGAAAAUUGGAGAUGACGAAAUAUUCAAUGAAUGUAUUUGUCGUGUGAUCAUUUCCACACCCAGUUUAUUGGAGAAAGUCGGCUAUCCGUCUCAAAAUGACCAUGAGACUUGUCGCUUUUCACAGCAUGAUUAUGAUGACGAUAAUGAAUUCUCACAUGACUUUACGCAAUUUCGCGACCGUUGUUUGAAAGUUAUUCGUUCUUGUUGCACUGAAAAGCAUAUCGACUUACUGAUUAGCAUUGUGGAAAAAUGGUUUAUCAGUCGAUGCCUGGACCAUCCACAUCUAGUGAGACAAACGGAGUGGGAUUCAAUGCAACGGUUUUCGAAACUUGUUUUAUGGGAAUGUCACAAUAGAAAGCUGUUGGGACCUGACAGUUACAAAAGAUUAAGUUCACUGUUUGAUGGAAUGCUGACGUUAAUGGCAAAAUGUACCUCACCGCUAUUAAUGAACAACCUAUUAUCGAUGCUUUCGACCCUCUUGGUUACUGUUGGAAGGUAUCCGCAAUUACUUAUAUCUCUUCUAUCUCAGUUACGGCGACCUUUGAGCGAUCACUUGGAUGAUGAUAUUGAUGAGAAAUCUGUUAAGAGACAUUGUAUAGCUUUAUUAUUGAGGAUAGUCACCAUUUUCGCUGACGAUAUCAAGGGACAAGCGGGAACCAUUCUGGAAUUUUGUCUUUCAAUACGUCCCUUUUUAUCAUUGAUGCAGUUAGCUUCUUGUAUGCAAGUAGUUGCUGCAUUAAGCAAUCUCUGUAUCGACUUUGCGACACAAAAUAAUUUCCUCUCCAGUGCUUUAUCCGAUCCUCUAUAUUAUUUCCUUCAAGCUGAAAUUCAGGAGGUUUUCCAAAACGAUGUGGCAUUCCUGACUUUUUUUGGUUUUACUUCUCCCGCGCCAGCAAACACUGCAGAAGCAGCAAGAUCGUCUUUCAUGCUCAAUCGUCGGAAGUUUCGGGCGCAUUUGUCCACUCUCGAGGGAAUAAUGGCGCAGACUCAGUCGGUCGCCCCUCCCUUUCACCCCGCCUAUAGUGCUUUCCGACCAAUUUUGCCAACAAUAUUUUUAUUAGUGAAGCGUUUAAACUCGUUGUACGAUCCGAAAAAUGCGAGUGUUAUACAUAUAUCAUAUGGUCCCCUAUCCAUUUUUGAAAUUACCACUAGUGAACGACAACAGUUAUUGACACCAGUUGAUUCAUGCGUAUCUUCAACCGCUCGAAUUUUAUCCGAUGAUCCAGGAACUCAUGCUCGUGCUUUCCUUUUCGAUGUUACAGAAAAAGUGCAAACUUUAAUAGGGUAUUUUGCAAGUAAAGCAGCUAAACAGUUGUUUUUGGAUGCAGAAAUCGGCAUUUGGGCAUUCUGUCUUUCUUGUCACCUCACCUUUGUUCCAGAUUUCCGUUUACGAUUUUGGUUGAGGAGAACCUGGAAACCAUUCUUAUGCGCGUGUCCAGAAUUUGCAUAUCACAGUGUUAGGCAACUGUUAUUGAUAGUGAUUGAAGAAUUGAGCAAGCGACUGCAAAGCAGAUGGAAGCUACUUGCAGCUUCUGAAUGCUCAGAAGAUGAUGAGCCUUCGCAGGAACAGCUCUUAGCUGAACAUAUGGCUUGUAUUUUGACGAGGGAAUGUGCAAUUUUUAUGCGGAAUCUAUUCGGUAUUACGGAUGCAGGUGACAAAAUCGAAGAAGCAUCCUGCAUAAAAAACUGUUUUUUGAAGGACGAGGAGGUAAUGGGAAAGAUUGUUGAGUGCAUGUUUUUGUGCUUAAGUUAUCGCGAUGCAACUUCAGUGAUUCGAAUAAUACCUGUCUGUAGGAAUGUUAUCGAAAGUUUAAGUGAAAGAUGUAGUGAAGAAUUAGCUGUCUUUAUGCUUAUUCAAAAUAUCCAGAGUUUACAAAUUCAUGGAUCGGAUGAAUUGGCUCUCACUCAUCUCUUAUCUCUUGUUUUUUUUAUUUACUCUUCUUUGAGACAGCGUUUCUCCAGUCUGUCUCAAGUAUUACAGCAAGUGCCGGGAUGUUCUGUAGAGGAUGUAGAAAGGUUAGAUCGACGGAUUGUAUCUAUGAAGUGUAACAAAGACUUCGCAAAUGAAAAAAUGAAAAGAGAAAUUAUGAAAAAGUUACUACGAACUAUGAUCGCGACUUCAGUUGGUGAACGACACAGAAGAACAGUCCAUCUCCGUCCACUACCUCCUAUUCCAAGAACCAAGGAACGUCCUGAAGAGGACUUCACAGAUUUGGGAUUUAUAUUUGGUCAUAUCUGAUUCUUCUGAUUUUGUUCAAAAUGCGUUUUUAAAUUAAAGUUAUGGUACAUUAAAUUUAUAAACGUGAAGUUACGGC